AUGGUGUUACCGGUCGUGUCUGCCGCCGCGCUUGGGCUCACGGGAAACUGCAGUCGAGGAUGCAAGCCGAAAAACAGGCGCGAGCCGGGCAAGGCCGGAUCGAAAACCCCGCGUUUUCCCUCGUCUUGUCGGCCGCCGCUCAGGCCGCCUGUCGCUGGACAGCAGGACCAUUCACGUGAGUUCUGGCGCCUGACCUUGCAGCUGCUGAGGGUUGCGCUUGGCCAGGCAGGUGACUUCCAACCUGGCGAAGUCGACUCUCCUCAGAUCAUGCUUGGCCUUCCUCGGGUGCGUGGCGAAAGUCGUGACUCUCGGACCUACAUCGUCGUUCGGGUCGUUCUUGCGAUUGCUUUCAACAAGCUCUACCUUGCUCGAUGGCAUCAGCACAAGGAUCAAAUUCCCCUACCGACCCCGUACUUUCUUUCUCGCGAAGUCCGCUCGCAUCUCAAAUUCCGACUUCGACGUCUGCCAGACGGCGAGCUUCUGGACCAGAUGAUGUGACUUGACGUUUUCAUGAGUACGGAGUUUCUGAGUUUUCUCUCCUGAUUUUCCUCCCCUCUCCUCUCUCUCUUUCUCGAUUGUGCCUAUUCUUUAACACCGUGGAAUAGGAAGGGUGGUUGGUGCUCACAUGAUUGGAAUCACACUUUUGGUGGUUUCAGGAGUGUGGGGGCUGCAUGGAUCUAGUGGCUAUAACUUUACAUAA